GGCAUCCUGGCAAGAUAUUGGAGUAUUUUCCUUCUCUCUGUUUCAGUUUGCAAGGAUGCUUUUGUUAUUAAUUAAUAAAUGACAAAACCUUUGUCAGGUUGCAUGUCCUUAGGGAAAAACGCUCACUGACCCACUGACCACCACAACUUUCUACAGAUCGAACUUUAAUACCCAAAUCUCUUCUUUUUUUUUUUCUUUUUUUUUUUGGAAUUAAUACCCAAAUAUCUGAGAACCCGGAAAGCUCAAAUGGAAGAAAUGGUAAAAAUUCCAAGUGAAGAAGAAGUGGGAUUCAUGAGAGCCAUGGGGCUGCAAAGUGGGAUAGCAGUGGUGAUGGUUUCAAAAGCUGCCAUUGAACUUGGGGUGUUUGAGAUCAUUGCAAAGAGUGGUGAAGGAGCAAAGCUUUCUGCUCAACAAAUUGCAGACUGUCUUCCCACACAAAACCCUAAUGCACCACUCAUGCUGGACAGGAUGCUUAACUUUCUUGCUAACCACUCCAUUCUCAGGUGCACACUCACACAGGACGACCAUCAGUGUUUAUACAGUUUGACACCAAUCAGCAACAACUUUGUCCCUAAUGAAGAUGGGGUGUCUCUUUCUUCCAUGCUACAAUUGAUCACUCACAAAGUAUUUGUUAAUUCCUGGUAUGCAUUAAAAGAUGCUGUGCUUGAAGGAGGAGUACUCCCAUUCAAUAGGACCCAUGCAUUUGAAAACCCUGGCAAAGACAUUAGAUACAAAGAGGUAGUGAACAAAGCAAUGCAUGACCAUAGUGCAAUUGCUAUGAAGAGAGCUGUGGAGUGCUACAAGGGUUUUGAGGAAGCCAAAGAAGUGGUAGAUGUGGGUGGUGGGUUUGGUGCAUCACUGUCCUGCAUUGUCUCCAAGUACCCUAACAUCAAGGGUAUCAACUUUGAUUUGCCCUAUGUUAUUAAAGACGCUCCUGCUAUUCCUGGUGUGGAGCAUAUUCCAGGAGAUAUGUUUGAUAGUGUUCCCUGUGGAGAGAUUAUAUUCAUGAAGUGGAUACUACACUGUUGGGAUGAUGAACAUUGCCUGAAGCUGCUGAGGAACUGUUGGAAAGCUUUGCCAGAAUCUGGUGGUAAGGUGGUGUUAGUAGAAUCUGUACUGCCGGAACAUCCUGAGAAAGAUGUCGUUUAUGGCAAUAAUGCAUUUUACGUUGACAUACUCAUGAUGACAUGAAUCGUGGAGGGAAGGGGAGAACACACAGAGAAUUUGAAGCCCUGGCAAAAGAGGCAGGCUUUUCUGCUCUCAAACUCAUAUGCCCUGUGGAUACUGAAUGGGUUAUUGAAUUGUACAAGUAAAAAUGGCUAAGUUGUUUGCAUGGAAGAUUUUGAGACAAAGGAAAAUUGUUGUUGUAUGUGCCUACUAAUAAGUAAUAACUACUCCCUCUUUCUAUGUUGGUUCAAUAGAUUAAGGAGACUUCACUGAAA